AUGUCUUCUAACAGAGAUGUUAAUGCUACAUACUCUGUCAACUUGGAGCUUGGACCAAGUGGAAUGUUAAAAACCAGCUCUUUUGAUGUGGUCAUCUCAAAUAAAAAGAAUCAACUUAAAAUUUUUUCUGUGGGGCUGUUUGCAGGAGGCUUAGGAAGUUUUGCUGGAGAGGAAGAAGUUCAGUCUGAAGAAUCUGAGGAAGCUACUGCUGGCAUGGAAUUGAAUGUGUUGGGAGUAGGGCUUAGACCUUACACUUUCUUUACUGGAACAGGAGAGUUGAUGGGUCUGGUAUGGUCUGGAGCUGGAAGUGAGCGAACACCAGCCCUCCAGGCAAAUCUGUUGAUUAUGGACCAGUCUCAGUACGUUGUCUUGCAGAAUGGGCUUGUUGUAGAUGUAUCUUUAAGAGGUGUUUUGAGUAUUGACUUAUCUGGUUCAGUGCAGAUCUCUCUAUGGAAUAGAAACUCCCAGUCUGUUGUUACUAGCAGUGGGGCUUUGCUAUUACAAGGAUCAGCUAGUGUAGAUACAGCUUUUGCUAAAAGUCGAGUGGAAUUCUCUCUUGGUGGUGAAUCUUACAUAGAUUUUCUGACAGACACAGAUUUUUAUGGAAGUCCACUGAAAAUGUGCAUUCAGAUGACUCAGCCACAAUUUUUAUUUAAACACAAUGUUCGGAAGUACCAAAGCCUUCCUGGAACUCAACAUCAAAAACGAAUCCUAAAAAAGCGCACAACUUACAUUCCAGCCAAAUCUUAUGCACUCAAUAAGAAAAACUUUGAAUUAUGUGCAGCAAUGUUUCCAGAACAGUGA